GUCCAGGGACUUUCGUAUUCGAGCGUGCGAGUCCACUUUUUUCGUUUCGUAAUUGCUCUGUGUUGUAAUCGCUAGAAAAAGAAGGGCGAUUGUUGCUAAUACGGUGCCAUUGAGUGGAAACCAGCUGUUUUCAUGGAAGGAUGCAGGAGUUUUGUGACUGAUAAAUUAUGUUAAGAGCCUAAUUACAUCCUAAAAUAAAACAACUAAUACAAUGUUCUAUAAAAUAUCAUGUGAAAAAUGGCUAGUAGAAGAUCAAUUUUGACAACAAAUUUGGAAUCCUUACCCAAUUCACCCACGGACCCCUUAAGAGAAUUGUUCGAGGCAUGUAAAACUGGUGAUAUAUCGAGAGUGAAAAAGUUGAUAACGCCACAAACAGUAAAUGCACGAGAUACUGCUGGCAGGAAAUCUACACCAUUGCAUUUUGCUGCAGGAUAUGGAAGGAGAGAUGUUGUGGAGUAUUUGUUAGCAAAUGGAGCAUCAAUUCAAGCUCGUGAUGAUGGAGGACUACAUCCACUGCAUAACGCAUGUUCUUUUGGACAUGCGGAUGUGGUGAGACUUUUGCUGGAAGCUGGGGCUAAUCCAAAUACUAGAGAUAAUUGGAAUUAUACCCCUUUGCAUGAAGCAGCUAUCAAGGGAAAGAUAGAUGUGUGCAUAGCUCUUUUGCAACAUGGCGCUGAUAUAAGUAUCCGAAAUUCUGAAGGUAAAUCCGCAUUAGAAGUAGCAGAUUCGAUUACAAGACCGGUAUUGACAGGAGAGUAUCAUAAAGAUGAUUUGCUUGAAGCUGCUCGGAGUGGUGCUGAGGAACGUAUGCUGAGUUUAUUAAAUCCUCUUAAUGUCAAUUGUCAUGCUAGUGAUGGUAGAAGGUCAACACCAUUACAUUUAGCCGCUGGUUAUAAUAGAAACAGAAUUGUGCAGUUAUUGUUACAACAUGGGGCUGAUGUACAUGCAAAAGAUAAAGGUGGUUUGGUACCUUUACACAAUGCCUGUUCCUAUGGUCAUUUUGAAGUAACAGAAUUGUUGAUAAAACAUGGUGCUAAUGUAAAUGCUAACGAUCUAUGGGCUUUUACACCUCUGCAUGAGGCUGCAAGUAAGUCACGGAUUGAAGUCUGUUCUCUUCUCUUGAGUGAGGGUGCAGAUCCUACACAACUUAAUUGCCACAAUAAAUCAGCUAUUGAUGUUGCUCCAACAAGAGAACUUCAAGAACGUUUAUCACAUGAAUUUAAAGGACACUGUCUUCUUGAUGCAUGUCGUCAAUCUGAUGUAGCAAGAGUCAAAAAGCACUUAUGUAAUGAAGUAGUCAAUUUUGUGCACCCAUACUCUGGGGAUACACCGCUACACAUUAUUUGCCAAAGUCCAUAUCCAAAACGAAAGCAGGUGUUAGAAUUAUUGAUUCGCAAAGGUGCGCAUUUGAAUGAAAAAAAUAAAGAUUUUUUAACACCUUUACAUAUAGCUGUGGACAACUCCUACUUUGAUUGCAUUGACAUAUUAUUACGGCAUGGAGCAAAAGUGAAUGCUUUAGAUGGUCUAGGACAAACUGCCUUACAUCGUUGUGCACGUAAUGAUAAUGUUCAAGCUUGUCGUAUUCUUUUAACAUAUAACAUAGACACAACGAUAAUAUCACUUCAAGGCUAUACUGCUGCACAGGUUGCUACAGAGGCUGUACUCAACAUAUUACAUGAUCCUCCUAGUGAACCAGCUGAUUAUGAAUGUCAGUUGUUGGAAGCGUCUAAAGCUGGUGAUUGUGAUUCUGUUAGAAGAUUAUUAGGAUUGUAUCCUCACAGUGUUAAUUGUAGAGAUUUAGAUGGACGCCAUUCAACACCAUUGCAUUUUGCGGCUGGUUAUAACAGGGUGCCUGUAGUAGAAUUUUUAUUGGAACAUGGUGCUGAUGUUCAUGCAAAAGACAAAGGGGGUUUGGUUCCUUUACACAACGCUUGUUCUUAUGGCCAUUACGAAGUGACUGAAUUAUUAGUCAAGCAUGGUGCCAGUGUUAAUGUUGCAGAUCUUUGGAAAUUCACACCUCUUCAUGAAGCUGCUGCAAAGGGAAAAUAUGACAUUGUUAGACUUCUUUUAAAGCAUGGAGCAGAUCCUACUAAAAAAAAUCGUGAUGGUGCCACGCCUCUGGAUCUAGUUCGCGAAGGAGACCAAGAUGUAGCUGAUCUUCUACGAGGUAAUACAGCUUUGUUAGAUGCUGCUAAGAAGGGUAACUUGGCACGGGUUCAGCGUUUGGUUACUGCUGAUAAUAUAAACUGUAGAGAUGCACAAGGUCGAAAUUCGACUCCUCUUCAUUUAGCAGCUGGAUAUAAUAACUUGGAAGUAGCUGAGUUUUUGUUAGAACAUGGAGCUGAUGUCAAUGCACAAGAUAAGGGUGGUUUAAUUCCUCUACACAAUGCUUCUUCCUAUGGCCACUUAGAUAUUGCAGCUUUGUUAAUAAAACAUAAUACAGUGGUUAAUGCUACUGAUAAAUGGGGAUUUACACCUCUGCAUGAGGCAGCACAAAAAGGAAGAACACAAUUAUGUGCUUUGUUGCUUGCUCAUGGAGCAGAUCCAUUUUUAAAGAAUCAAGAAGGACAAUCUGGAGUAGAACUGGCAACUGCCGAUGAUGUAAAAUGUCUGUUACAAGAUGCUAUGGCCUCUCAACAAAACGUUACAAUUUCUCCUGCCUCGACAACAAUAUCUAGAUCUCCUUUAGCACAAGCACCGCAGAAUCAGUCUGAAACAGUUAUCAUGCCAUCAGGGGCUGCAAUAGCUCUCUCAGUUCCGCUUUCUUCACGAGUUUGCCUUAGCCCAAUGCCAGAAAAUGAAUGUUGCUUCACAGAAACAGUAAAAUCAGAAUCUGCACAUAUCACAGAUACAAGUUCAUAUACUAUAUCUAACUUCUUGAGCAGUUUGGGUUUAGAGCAAUUAUUGGAAUUAUUUGAGAGAGAACAAAUUACUUUAGAUAUUUUAGCUGAAAUGGGACAUGAAGACUUAAAACAAAUAGGUGUAGCUGCAUAUGGUUUUAGGCAUAAAUUAAUCAAAGGAAUGUCAUUGCUGGCAAACAAUUCAAGUUUAUCAGCUGGUAUGAACAGUCUUCGGUCUGGAACUUUAUUAAUCGAUUUACCAUCUGAUGAUAAAGAAUUCUUAAAUGUAGAAGUUGAAAUGCAAGCCACAGUUCGAGAGCAUAGAGAUAAUGGUCAUUCUGGAGGAGUAUUUAGUCGAUAUAAUAUAGUCAGGAUCCAAAAAGUUCAAAACAGAAAACUUUGGGAUAGAUAUAUACAUAGAAGACAAGAAAUUCACGAAGAGAACAGCAAUCAAUCUAAUGAAAGAAUGCUUUUCCAUGGCAGUCCAUUCAUAAAUGCAAUAGUUCAAAAAGGCUUUGAUGAAAGACAUGCAUACAUAGGAGGCAUGUUUGGUGCUGGAAUAUAUUUCGCUGAACAUAGUAGUAAGAGCAACCAAUAUGUUUAUGGCAUUGGCGGAGGUACAGGGUGUCCUUCGCAUAAAGAUCGAUCCUGUUACUUAUGUCAUAGACAUCUACUACUAUGCAGAGUUGCUCUUGGAAAAUCUUUUUUACAAUUUAGUGCAAUGAAAAUGGCACAUGCUCCUCCAGGUCAUCAUUCUGUAAUGGGUAGACCAUCAAAUGGUGGAUUAAAUUUCCCAGAAUAUGUUGUGUACAGAGGAGAACAGGCUUAUCCUGAAUAUUUGAUUACUUAUCAAAUUGUCAAGCCAGAAGAUACCUUUAGUAGUGGAGAAGAAGCUAGGUGAUUUUCUGUACCAACUGAUACUUCUUAUAGUAUCAGUAUAUUACGGUCACUAUCUGAGUGGUUUUUAUAUUGUUUACAACAAACAAGAGGUUUAACACAGUUUAAAUGCUUUCAACUUAUUAAAAGUCAUAAGCAGUUUAAUUUAUAAUUAUAUUGAACAUAUAAUUAUUUAAAUUCAAAUACCAGUGCUUACGAAGAUAAAUAAUUGAAAUUCAAGUUCAAUUGCAUUUAAUCUUAACAGUAUGAGGAAAUGAAGGAUUAUCCUAUGUUUAUUUUCCUUUUGUGGAUUAAAUUGUGAUGUGUUGUGUUAACAUUAUAUUUUGGGGUCGGAAUAAAAUAGUGUACCUUCUACUACACAGAUGAUAGCAUGAAAGCAUGUUAUGCAGUCUGUCUUGGUGGCUCAGUGUCUUUGAUUCUCCAAAUCUAUUCAUUUUAUUGCCAUUGUAAUAAAAUUUUGUUGAAUUCAUUCAAGGUUUGCUGUUAUUCAAAUAUGUUAUGGUAAGCUAUAAUUUAUAAAUUCUGAUGCCUUUCAACUGAACAGUAUUUAUUUUCAAACAUUUUUAUUGGUAAUA